ACGAGCUCGUACAGUCUCCCUGGCGGAACUGAUCUUUUAUUUUGAAGAGAAAAAUCUCUGCAGUCGCUGGCUUCACGCACGCCAAUAGAUGAUUCGGUAUUACUUCCUGUCCGGGGUUAUGUUAUGGGAUUUUGUCAAUGUUCUGCUGCCCAUGGAAUUCAGCUGUUUAACUAGCUGGUAACUUCUGAACUUCAAGAUGUUUAUGUCGGAAUGUACCAAGGAGAGUAGAGACAGGAGGGCUUACUGACAGCUUAAUGCGAAAAGAUGGCGAGGAGAGAAGGCCUACGGAAAUUGUAUUCUUCUAUGGUCAGUGUUGGAAGCAUCAGGGAAGCAUGCAAUGCCACUUUCGCGAGGGUCGGAAUGUGGAACAGGUCAUAGGACAGCGUGAAUGUUUGUCAGCUGUCCUUAAUUACCCCCAGCAAUUACUGCUGACCAACAGCUGCAGUUAAUUUGGCCACAAAUGAUCCAUCAUGGUGUCGCCCCCACUGACCAUGCGCAAGGGAGUACAGAAAUUGUAUCCAUCGCACCCACUGACCAAUGACCAUGCACAAGGGAGUUAAUUUUCCAUCCACUCGUGUCCUCCGGUAACGCCCCCGUACAACACCGUGGCCAUUCAAUGCAUUCCCCCCCCGACAGAUUGUUCUUCGGUGUCGAGUUUCUUUGAUAAUAACCAAGACCUUCCGCUCAUCGCUGCGAGACUGCAACAACAACAACCAAUGCAUGAUCAACAACAGCCAUGCCAGUCCAAUGCUCUGCUCCACACUGCAAGCACUCUUCCCGUGGGUCAAAAGAUAGGCCUACCAAAUGGUCAUUUUUCAGGUUCCCAAUCAAUACGGAGAGGUCUCAGAAAUGGGUGGAAAACUGUCGGAGAACAGACUUACUGGGCAAGCCCUCGCGUGCUCUGUCGCACUCCCACCGCUUGUGUGGAGAACAUUUUGAAGAUGACCAGUUUAUAGGCCGCUCGAAAGCCUGCCUUAAGAGGGACGCAAUCCCAACUAUAUUCCACCACUCCAGAGUACUCCAGAGUCCACAGAUGGCCAUCGACGCCGAUUCAGCGCUAGUUGACCAUGACUACUGUCUCCCUGAAGCCCACAUGUUCAAAGCCUCGCCCAGCCUGUCUUCGGACUCUGCGCGUUUGGCCAUCUGCCAUUCUUACUAUCUGUCCAUCGUUGAAGCGGACAGUGUCACACCCUCCUCCUCCUCCUCCUCCACCUCGACCCACAUGACUCCAUCCUCUUCAGCAUCUGCAUUGGUGUCCUCCUCCUCAGCAGCGUGUGUAGUGGCCUCACAUGAGGCGUACUGUCCACCCCUCACUGACGCCCACUUGGCUACGGCCUCUUCAGACUCUGCGUGUGUGUCCUCCUCCUCCUCCUCCUCCUCCUCCUCUGCUCGGCCGUGCUCCUCGCCCUCCUCCACAACUUUGGCGCGUGUGGUGGCCAAACGAAACGCUUUCGGACGUCAACAACGCAUCGCUGAUGCCAGCUUGGUCACAGCGCCCUCCACCAGCACUCUGACUUUAGCCUCCUCAUCCUCGGCAGUGUGUGUGGCCGUACCUAGCUCAGCAUCUGCCUGUGCGUCCUCCUCCUCCUCCUCCUCCUCCUCCUCCUCCUCACCCUGCUCCACAAGUGCACGUUUGCCCUACACCUCAGUGAGAUCAAGGAAAUCAGUAUACGUGGGCUCACACCAUAAUUACGGUCUAUCCGCCGCCACAGCCUCCUCCUCCUCCUCCUCUCCUCCUCUUCCUCCACCAGUCUCCUCCUCCUAUUCAUCCUCUGCUGCGGGAGCGGGUGUGGCCUCGCCUGGCUCCUCCUCCUCCUCCUCCUCUACUCCUCUUCCUCCACCAGUCUCCUCCUCCUAUUCAUUCUCUGCUGCGGGAGCAGGUGUGGCCUCACCUGGCUCCUCCUCCUCCCCUCCUCCUCUUGAUGAGGUAGCAGAGAUUGUCAUCGACUGGGACCCGGCCACUUGGUACUCUCGACAUCCGCGAUGUACCAAGCCGGACCCUAACAAGCAUCUCCGACUGUUGCAGAGGGAGCGAAUGAGGACGUUCAGACUGAGAUUAAAGGUUGAGAAGUUAGAGAAAUGUCUGGCGGAGUUGACAAAAGCCCAGACUUGCACCUAGAGACUGUCGGUGCGUUCCAAUAAGCGGACUUCUGUCCUCCCUUGCUCACUUGCCUGCUUGUGACCUCAUGAUAUAAUGUCACUGACGCCAGAAAAUGAAUUCAAUAUCUUGCAAAAACUCAAUUGUAAAGUCAUUUUCUCAUUUGCAAUUGGAAUGGUGAAUGAAAACAGUCCCUCAAAAGUUGUUGUGGCUAUGCUGACAGCUGGGUAACUUAAUUGUUUCCUACACCAAGGCGGGGCCAGGAGGUGGGGCGAGACCACAAGCACAAGUGAAGGACAGUAGUGUGUAUAUUGGAAUGCACCCUGUGAUUACAGAGGCAGGCAGUGUCCUGGAGAAAUGAGUGCUGUCUGUCUUUCUUGCACUGCCCAAGUGCAUAACUCCAGCCACUGUGAAGUGAGUAGAGGAAGGUGCCGUCGUGCUGAUGGAGCUGGCAUCACCACGUCACCAAGGACUUUGAAUAGAUUGUCGGUGCCUUGAAUAGAUUGUACCGGCUCCUACUUUGUCUACUAUCUGUGGCGUUGAUGUGAGGGAUUGAUGUGAGUUUUUUUUUCUCCCACUGUCUUAAAGUGGUACUGUCCCAUUUUUGGAAAUAAGCUUAUUGUACACCUCUCCUUGCGUUAAAUGACUGAGUAUUACCUUUCUCCUGUACUUUCAAUCGUUCUCCGAGUAUGGCAGCUGGCAGCUAACUGGUCUCAUAGGACUCAAUGUUAACUGCUAACUUGGAGGUAAAAUUUGCACUGCCAUACUCAGGGAACGGUUGAAAAUACAGGAGAAAGAUAAUACUCAGUCAUUUAACUCAAGGAGAGGUGUGAAUUUCCAAAAAUGGGACAGUAGGCUAUCACUAAAGGUACACUGUGCAAGAUUUUAGUUGUUUAUUUCCAGAAUUCAUGCUACCCAUUCACUAAUGUUACCUUUGUCAUGAAUACUUACCACCUCCAUCAAAUUCUAAGUAUUCAUUAUGACUGGAAAAAUUGCACAUUUCAUACAUGAAAAGGGGGAUCUUCUCCAUGGUCCGCCAUUUUGAAUUUCUAAAAAUAGCCAUUUUUAGCUGCAAAAAUGACUGUACUUGGGCCAUAUUAGAAAAUAUUAGUUUAUUACUUGGUGAACUUUCAUGUAAAUAUCAAAUUUGGCAAUAGGCAGCCCAGUUUCAAUGAGCAGCAUAGUUGCAGUACCUUUUUGACCAUUUCCUGCACAGUGUCCCUUUAAAACAGUGAUUCUCAAAGUGUGGUCCGGGGACCACUAGUGGUCCGCGACAGAGCUCAGGUGGUCCGCAAGGGGAUUUCUAAUUUUCCAAGAUAAGCUAGCAGUAGGCUAUAUUUGUAACAUUUUCAUGUUUUCAACACAAUAAGACAGGCUUAUAAUGUGAAUAAAAAGUAAGUGAUCUGCAUAAAAAUUAGCAGUGUCAAAUUAGCAUCCAUCAACUGCCAAUUCAGAUGAUAGGUGGUCCCCGAUAAUUUUUUUGGGGGGGACAAAGUGGGCCUCGGUCUGAAAAAGUUUGAGAAACACUGCUUUAAAACAUGGCACAAAUGGGACGGCACUGCACUGUUACGCCGGGGACACGGGUUCGAUUCCGGCCCGGUUAUUUGGCUCUCCUGCUCCCAGAUUGUAAGUUACAUUUUGGAUGUACGGGGGCUUCAACCUACUCCUCCGAGAAUCAUUCAUAAUUUAUUUAUUCAUUCUUUUCUUCUUGUUGUAAAUGACAGCAUCUGCCUUGACAGUGUUUGAGGACUUUAUGGAUUUUUCCCCUCUCGAACACUUGGGACAGCACUUAAAAACAUCAGUAUGCUAUAUUGAUGUUUCAGGUACCCAGGUUUCAGAACUACUUGAAGUACAAUAAAGAAAGGUAUUUUGACAUUGUUUAAGCUUUUUUAUUUCCAUUACUUGCAAUGUCCGUAAAACAAACGUCUGUUGGUAGUGGUGAGCCUACUUGAGGCCUAUGGAAGAUUGUCAAUGUUAAUGCAUGUGUGCAUCCUCCUCGUGUAUGUGUUUGUAUUGAGGGUGUUUGUUCUUGU